AUGGCGCCGGAGGAUCCUGCGAAGCCGGACCUUCGGGCCGUGGCGGAAGCCCUGGCUGCCCAUGCCGGGGGCGAGCACUCGGAUGCUGCAGCGCAAGGGCUGCUGCAAGCUCUCGGUGUGCAGGACAUGCAGGACCCGGCUGAGCGGCCACGCAGCGCCGAUCUCCGCGUCGUGGCUGAAGCCUUAGCUGAGCACGGGGAGCACCUGACCGAUGCAGCGACGAAGCUGCUGAGUUCAUUGGGCUCUCAGUACGACGCUGUGGCUGCGGCAUUGGCGACGCACGUUGCAGACGUCGCGGAUGACGAACAGCUGGAGCUCGCUGCAGAUGCAUUGGUGAAGCACUUGUUAUGGAUCGACGUUAUGGACGAUGUCAAGGUCCCCGAAGCCACGGUGACCGAGGAUUUGGACUUUGAAUUGCAGAAGAUUGAUGUCAAGACAGUGGCCAAGGUGCUCCUAGCUCACGCAGCCUUCGCGUACAGCACAGAGAACGAGUUGGAAAAAGGCUUCACAAUGCGAGGCGAAGCCACACCUUUCCGUGUCUCCUCCAAUCCAGUGCAGCUGUUGAAGCUCCACGCAGCGCUGCGUGCAGAGCUGACAGAGGGAAUCCGCUCCUCGGACCCUGCGCAGAUGCGUUCUGCAAUCAAUCGAGGUGCUUCCUUGUCUGCACACUACUACACAGCCAGAAUGCCAGCAAGGACUGGCUCUGGAGUGAAUGGCACGUCCAAAGGGCCAAAACAAAGCCUGGUGAAUCCAGUAGAUUGGGCUGUUCUAGAAGGUUUCUAUCAGGAAGCCAUCUUUCUUCUGGAACUCACCGAUGGGAAAAUGGCUUUCAAUCGUGAUGAGGAGUGCAGCACUUUGCAGGUGGUGCGAAUGGCUCAGCGAUGUCAACAGGCAGUGGUGGUGGCUUCUACUCGAGGUCAAGUGCAGCUCCUCCGAGAACUCCUGCAGCGAAACGCCUCCUGCAUCCAACGCGAACCCAUCAGCGGCUGCACAGCUCUGCAUUUGGCAGCACGAAAUGGGGAAGAGGAAGUUGCAGCAAUGCUCUUGGAGCGUGGUGCUUGGGAGCAGGAAGAUCACAAGGAGGAGGUCUUGAUGCACGCAGAGGCACAGCGACUCCAAUGUAUCAUCGAAGCAGCAGGCCUGGCAGCCCGAAAGGAGAAUGCUUUGGAUCCCAAGCUGCCCGAUUUCCACGAGGUAAUUCAGGUGCUUUCAGAUGUCAAGGAGGAAGACCGGAACUUGACCUGGGCAGAGAUCCAGGAAAGAAGCAGCCUAGCUGCGCGGGCAAGGCCAAGCACUUUGCCCGGCUACGUGCCCGAGCCGACGGAAAUUUUGCCAUGGGGUCCUUUGCCGACAGUUGCAGAGGCGCGACGAGAGCAAAAAGAGUUGCUGGUGGCUUUGUCCAAAGCCAUCCGCAAAAGUGAUAUCAUCAGCGUGAGAGCGCUGGUGCAGCGUGGUGCUCCAAUGGAACUGACCUUCGACUUGGGCUAUGGCGAAAAGGGCAACUGUGUCGACUGGGCAGUCUCUUGUGAAAAGCCCAACAUGGCAUUGGUGCUCCUCGAGAUCGCUGAUGAGCGCAAUGUCGGAGAGGCACUGGCACAAAAGUCAGUCCCUGCCCUCUUUUGGUCGGUGCUUCGUGGAUACAUGGAUGUGUUGGAAGGCCUGCUUCGUCGAGGCAUCGACGUGGCAGCACAUCGGCAUGAUGUGGUACCACUAAGCACCACGGAAACUGCGCUUUCGCUUAGCAUAACAAGCGCGAGGCGCGAAGAAGCACGACUGCUGCUGCGCUACGGCGCCUGGCAGCGCGAGGCGCCCGCGAAGCGCAUCGAGCUGCUGAAGAAGGUGCGAAUGCAGGGCAAGCAGAUGAUUGCGGUUUUUGCAGCGGAAGGUGUUACCUUGACAUGA